AUGCCACAACAAAAACGAAAGGCUUCGACAAUUGCUUCCGCAAAAAUUGCGGAAGAAGCUGGCAGUGGCAGAAAACGUAAAUCCGAUACCAAAGAACAACGAACUUCUUCUACCAAGGAAACCGAUAAUGACAAAGAUAUUGUUAAAGGUGAUGAUAUUGAACAAAAUGUCUCUGAUGAUAAAGUGAAAGAAUCUGUUAAAGAACAACCUGGUAAUAAACGUCGUAAGAAAAGCGAAGAACAAGAAUCUAAUUCUCAAGAAAUUCAAGAACAGAAAAGCGGAAACGGCAUCAUAGUUGAUAAAAUUAAUGAAGUCAAAUCCGAGCAAGAACCUCAAGGUCAUGACUUGAUAAAGCCCCAUGAACAUGACCAAAUGUUGGUCGAUGAAUAUAAUAAAAAUGUUGAAACAACUGAACAGCGUCAAAAAGAAGACAUUGACCUAUCAAAAGGCGAACAGGCCGUUGAUAUAAAACAAGUUCAAAUAGAAACGAAAAAAGAAUUAGGAAAAAAGAUGGCUUCGAAUACAAUUGAGAAGGGUCAUAUUUGCUUUCUUUAUAGACCAAAGAUUAAUGUUGAAAAUCCAGAUAGCAUUGACGAUGUUCAAAGAUUGUUUAUGAUUCUUAUACCAUAUAUGGUGAGACCGUCUGUAUCUGAGGAACCUAUCCCAAGCUAUUUUCAUCAAAUCAUCGAUAACAAGCAAUUUGAUGCCAACGAACCUAUUCCCGGUAAAACUCGUGUAAUUUCGAUUGGUAAGAAAAAGCUCCCUGAAAUUGAGAAACAUGCUAAAUUCUGGGCUUACGUUGAUAAAGCCUUUACAAAUUUGGAUGACUUAAAAGAUUUCACUAAUGGAAGAAAAUAUCAAACUGCUACUCGAGGUGAAAGAACUUUAAGUUCGUGCAGACUCUUGGGAAGAGGAGUGUACAACAUUGUUGAACAUAAAGGACACACACAUUUGGCAUAUGUUUUAGAAUUUCCCGAAGAACCAAAUGAAGUUCAAAAAGAAUUCAACAUUAACAAAGAAGGAAGCUACGUUAUAAAUUAUGAAAAAGUAACUUAUCCCACUCACCUUUUGGAUAAAUUCCGUGGUCGACGAUUUAUCUCCUUGGUUUCUUCCGAGUUAUUGGAUUACGACGGAGCCGAAUUAUUAUUUAUUGGCGCAAAGGAAGAUAUUACAGGAGAAUUAGGAGAAGCUGGUAAGGAACUUGAGGAAUUGGCGGACUUUGAGAUUAAAGAAAUCGCACCUUUAGCGGCGGAACGGGUUAUCUAUGAUGAAUUGCAUUUGGAAAAAGAUGCUCUUCCAUCUGAACCACUUCAUGGUUUAUGGAAAUAA